GAGGGGCGGAGAGAGUGGCCGAGAGAGGGGCAGAGAGAGGGGGCUGAGAGAGGGGCAGAGAGAGGGGCAGAGAGAGUGGUGGCUCUCCUGUUGCUCUUUUCAUAAGUGUCUCUUUAUAAUUCAGCUGGAGUCUAUGAGUCUAUGAAGUGUCUGUGCUCAGACCAGCUCAGGCUGAGCUGCACUGUACUGGGCUGUACUUUACUGGGCAGUACUGGGCUAUACUUUACUGGGCUGUACUGGGCUGUACUAGACUGUACUGGGCUGUACUGGGUUAAGGUAGAGCACAGUAUUGCAGCAGCAGAAACAGAAGCUCUAUAAUGUUGAAGGUGGAGGCAGUAGUUAUAUAGCAGUAUUGCUGGACUGACUGGACUGACUAGACGGUGGAAUAGAGGCAGUGGAAUGAAUGAGGGGAGUUACACAGAAGAAGGGAGAACCCCAGACAUCUCCAGCCAAAGGUACAGUAGCGAUCCCUCUGGCUUUCUCUGAAGUAUCUCUGUGACACACAUACUGAGAGGGAGUGAGCUAGCUGAGUGCAGCCACAAGGCAUGGCAAUGAGGAGACUAGAUACAACUAGAUACAACUAGAUACAAGGAGAAAUUGGCUGGUCCCCUGUGAGUCCUGAGUGGUGUAGAGAUGGACAGCUGGACCCUACGGGGGGACAGCUACUCCUUCCUCCGCAGCAGCGCUCCUCGCGUCUUCUCUCUGCGCCACCGUGACGGAACCCCGAACCACGUGGAGAUCUUCGACAUCACCAACAUCCCCAGCCAACGCUCAGCCAUCUCUGAGACCACCUGCCUCUGUGACAUCUUUGGGGACGACUGUGAGUCACUCUCCAGUAGCCCAGCUACAGGGGCCUUCGUCCACCCUCCCAUCCCCCCACCCAGGAGGGAGGCGGCAGAGCCAGGGCAGAACUCAGAGUUGCCCCCAGUGUUGCCCUGCGUGGUGGAUGAGCUGAACGACUCGACAAGUUCUUACCACACAGCACCAGAGAGAUUUGAGGAUUCUACAGAGAAGCUCAGUCCUCCAACGCAGAGGGAGAAUAAUUAUAAUUUAUCUGAAGGCUGGGAGUCAGGAGCAUUAGCUACUGCACUAAACAACUCAGCAUCAUCUAAGAACAUCAGUCCAACACUAGAACAAGGAAACACAGCACCAACACCUGGAUGGAGGACAGAUGACUCCUCACCUGACGUGCCUAGCCUUACCUUUAAUACUACAACACCUUCACCUGGCUACAGUAACACUACACCACCUUCACCUGGCUACAGUAACACUACAACAUCUUCACCUGGCUACAGUAAUACUACAACACCUUCACCUGGCUACAGUAAUACUACAACACCUUCACCUGGCUACAGUAAUACUACAACACCUUCACCUGGCUACAGUAAUACUACAACACCUUCACCUGGCUACAGUAAUACUACAACACCUUCACCUGGCUACAGUAACACCACAACACCUUCACCUGGCUACAGUAACACCACAACACCUUCACCUGGCUACAGUAACACCACAACACCUUCACCUGGCUACAGUAACACCACAACACCUUCACCUGGCUACAGUAACACCACAACACCUUCACCUGGCUACAGUAAUACUACAACACCUUCACCUGGCUACAGUAACACUACAACACCUUCACCUGGCUACAGUAACACUACAACACCUUCACCUGGCUACAGUAACACUACAACACCUUCACCUGGCUACAGUAACACCACAACACCUUCACCUGGCUACAGUAACACUACAACACCUUCACCUGGCUACAGUCACAAUACAACAUCUUCACCUGGCUAUAGUAACACAACAACACCUUCACCUGGCUACAGUAACACUACAACACAUUCACCUGGCUACAGUAACACCACAACACCUUCACCUGGUUACAGUAACACCACAACACCUUCACCUGGCUACAGUAACACCACAACACCUAUCCCUGAAGGUAGAGGUUCAGCUUCAUCAGUGGUCCAGCGUUUACCUGCCCCCUCACCACAGUGUAGAGAAACCCACUUGUCACCUAAACCACAGAAUAGGUACUCCAGCCCUUCAUCUGAAUCCGUGGUCCCUGUGCAUUCCUUUGAGGCCAGAGACAGAGCUGUCUCACAUGGGGUCAGAGGUACAGCCUCUUCACCUGACGAUACAGAUCGGUCUUUACCUGAGACCAGAGUAGCUCAGUGCUUACCUGAACCAAGGAACAUCAGCCCCUCGCCUGAGUUAAUUGCCAACCCUUUUUCACCUGAUUACAUAGUGUCAUUUGAACCUAGGGUUAGAGCCAUAACACCUAAGUUAGAAGACUCUGUCAGUACACCUGAGUUAGUGGACUCCAUCAGUACACCUGACAUAGAGGACACUGUCAGUUCAGCUAAAUUAGAGGACUCUGUUAGUACAUCUGAGUUAAAGGAUUCCGUCAGUACACCUGAGUUAGUGGACUCCAUCAGUACACCUGAGUUAGUGGACACCAUCAGUACACCUGAGUUAGUGGACUCCAUCAGUACACCUGAGUUAGUGGACACCAUCAGUACACCUGAGUUAGUGGACUCCAUCAGUACACCUGAAUUAGUGGACUCCAUCAGUACACCUGAAUUAGUGGACUCCAUCAGUACACCUGAGUUAGUGGACUCCAUCAGUACACCUGAAUUAGUGGACUCCAUCAGUACACCUGAAUUAGUGGACUCCAUCAGUACACUUGAGUUAGUGGACUGCAUCAGUACACCUGAAUUAGUGGACUCCAUCAGUACACCUGAGUUAGUGGACUCCAUCAGUACACCUGAGUUAGAGGACUCCAUCAGUACACCUGAAUUAGUGGACUCCAUCAGUACACCUGAGUUAGUGGACUCCAUCAGUACACCUGAAUUAGAGGACUCCAUCAGUACACCUGAGUUCGAGGACUCCAUCAGUACACCUGAGUUAGUGGACUCCAUCAGUACACCUGAGUUAGUGGACUCCAUCAGUACACCUGAGUUAGUGGACUCCAUCAGUACACCUGAGUUAGUGGAUUCCAUCAGUACACCUGUGCUGAUACCUCACCUGUCCCCUGCAGAGAGAGACCUGAGCUCCUCAGAGGAAGCCCAGAGCACCAUCUCAACACCUGCCCCCAGGUACACCCCUCCUACACCUGUCACCUCCUCACCUGAGCUCAGGUCUACCAGUACCACACCUGAACUCAGAUCAGCCAGAAUCACACUUGAAUUGAGAUCAACCAGUGUAACACCUGAACUCAGUCUGCUCAGUGUCCCAACUGAACUCAGGUCAGCCAGUGUCACAACUGAAGUCAGUUUAGCUAGUAUCACAUCUAGUUCUGAACUACUCAGGUCAACGAGUCUCACACCUGAUUUGAAAUCAGAUCUAUCCUCCUCAACUAGCUCAUACCACUCAGGUUCCUCCUCAUCCUCAGACACCUGGACAAAAACGUCCUCAAGAACCCCCUCACCUGAAACAAGGUACUAUAGAACCCUAUCAAGAACCCCCUCACCUGAAACAAGGUACUAUAGAACCCUAUCAAGAACCCCCUCACCUGAAACAAGGUACUAUAGAACCCCAUCAAGAACCCCCUCACCUGAAACACGCUAUGAUAGGACCCUAUCAAGAACCCCCUCACCUGAAGUAAGGUAUGCCAGCCCCCCUAUAAAACCCAGGAGCUCAGCGCAGUCACCUGUGAUCAGAAUCACAUCCUCCACACCUGAGAUCGAGAGAAGAGACCUCACACCUGAGGUAUCUGGACAGGUAAAGGCCAAGUCCCUGGACCCUCGGUUCAACUCCUCCUCCACUCAGGUCUCAGGUAUCACCUACUCCAUCCUCUCCCCAGAAGCCAGGGUCUUGGUGUCAACACCUGAGAUCAAUGGUCUCCUCCGCUCAGCUGAGCCACAAGGCAGAACACACCUGUCACCUGAGAGGAAGAGCACCACCCCUACCGAAGAGAACAGAUGGAACCGUCUCUCACCUGACUCCAUAGGUAGAGGUUCCUCACCUGGAAGCAGAGGUACCAACUCCUCACCUGAGAUUACAGGGAUAUACAGCUCUAUCCUACAUCCUCCUGAGACUAGAGAAAUAGCUGCAUCACCACAGCCACCCAGAUAUAAAAACCUCUCACCUGAGUAUAAAACCCCUUCACCCCCGAAGAGUCAAACUGUCUCACCUUAUCCAACAUAUAAAACCCCUUCACCUCUGCCCGGGUACACAGCCCCCUCAACUGGAGUGGAAGCUGCUCGCUCCUCAUCUGCGCUAAACACUUCAGCCGACUCACCUGGAGUAAAGAGUCCUGGUCCCUCACCUGAAUGCAGGGCUUCACCUGGAGUAAAGAAUCCUGGCCCCUCACCUGAAUGCAGGGCUUCACCUGGAGUAAAGAAUCCUGCCCACUCACCUGAACGCAGGGCUUCACCUGGCUCACCUGGAGUAAAGAGUCCUGGCCCCUCACCUGAAUACAGGGCUUCACCUGGCUCACCUGGAAUAAAGAGUCCUGGCCCCUCACCUGAACGCAGGGCUUCACCUGGCUCACCUGGAAUAAAGAGUCCUGGCCCCUCACCUGAACGCAGGGCUUCACCUGGCUCACCUGGAGUAAAGAGUCCUGGCCCCUCACCUGAACGCAGGGCUUCACCUGGAGUAAAGAGUCCUGGCCACACACCUGAACGCAGGGCUUCACCUGGCAUACGUGAGAGGCGUGUUGGUGGCCUAUCAGACAGACUCAUUACUAACGGCACCUCAAACCCCUUGGGUAAUCACCUUUCUCACGACUUCAGGGAAGCAUCACCUACUGAAGAGAGUAGAGAGACCACCUCUUCACCUGUACUAGGAGAAAUCCCAGUCCCCUACAAGUUCCCUGCCCACUCACCUGAGAUCAUAAACAUCACACCUGAAAUCAGAAACUUCACACCUGAAAUCAGACCCAUCUCACCUGAUACCACUGUUUCUUCUAGAGGAAGGAGCCCCUCCCUUUCACCUGACCACGGGGUUACAGGCAACUCACCUGUCCAGAGACUGGAAGAUCUGGAGCCUAAACAUCUAGUCUCAUCUCUAACCCCUGACCUUAGUGACAGCAGCAACCCCUCACACAAGUCUCCUACACCUGAGCACCCAUGUAGAGAAACCUCACCCAACUCUAGGAAUAAAACCAUAGAGAGGCAAACUGAAGCAGACAUGGCUCAUCUUAUGGGUAAGGAAGACACCCCUUCUCCUCCCCUCACCAGGUUCACUCCAGUACACAUCCUAUCCCCGGUCCCUGGGAGGCCACAUGGCCACUGGGGAAACAGGAAUCACAGACCCCCUGAGACCCAGGCCAUUGAGGUCAUAAUGGAGUCUGAGAACAUGAUGGAGUCUGUCACAGAGGCUGUGACAUCCAGGGGAAGCCCCACUUUUUCAUCUGUUGACAGUAACACCCGGGCCAAUGACAGCCAAUCACACCUGGAAAGGGAGAGGGAGAGAGAUGAGGAGGAGGAGGAGGAGGAGGAGAGGGAGAGAGAUGAGGAGGAGGAGAGGGAGAUGUUGUGGGAGAUGCAAGAGAGGGAUAGAGAGACACUACAGCAGAUACAACAGCUACAACAGCAACAACACGGUAUACUGCACAGAGCUGCACAAAGCUCCCAGCCAGAGACAGCCAGAGGAGGUGGAUCGGGAUCCACCAAGAAGAUUCAGCCCCAGCCCAAGUACAAGCCUGCGAUACCCCAGCUCGGGAGCUCCGUUCCUGGAUGCGUCUCAGUUAACGGCUCCAGCUCCAGCAUGGGCAGCAAGCUGGAUGAGGAGGACAACGAGGUGAAGUGGUUCAGUGACGUGGCCUUCCGCAGCCUGUCCUCUGGGUCCCCUCAGGUGGACUACCUGGACAUGUACAACUCCAGCCACCGCUCCUCCACCGGAGCCUCCCAGCCCUCCACCCAGGACAGCCCAGCGGGGGCUAAUGCAGCCUGGCUGGCCUAUGCUGACCUCAGAGGGUCUGCUCCACAGCUGGACAAUGAAGACUUCCCAGUCCCACGCCAGCAGCAGCAGCCCUCCUCUGGGGCUUAUUAUCUACCCCAUGACGACCUGGACUCAUCCAAAAAAUAUGAGAUGGGCAGCUUUGAGUGUGUGGACGUGGCUGUGGAGAGAGAGGAGCCCAAGAAGGUGAGGAGAGGAGUGCCCAAGAGACAGAUCCAGCUGAAGAGAAGGAAUACGGCCGAGCUGAAGAUGGGUGAGAACAGCAAUGGUAGUCCUAUCAUGGUUCCUAGUCCUGUAAUGGUUCCUGUGGCUCCUGUGGCUUCUAUUGUUCCGAUGGACAGUACCUCUCUAAAGAGACACAGCAGAGAGACGUUGCAGAGACAACACAGCACUCCUCCGGCCUUGCAGGAAGCCUACUGCCCGGAACCCAGCCCUGAACCUGCCACCGAGAGGACUGAGCAGACCAAGAGGAAUGGCAAGCUCCAGAAGUCUUUGUCCCUGGACGAGACAUGUACCAAAACCAAGAUGGCAACCUGCCUGAUCAACAACAUCCUCUCCAAGAAGAUGCAGAAUGUUGGUAAACAAACUGACCAGGAAGGAGAAGGAGGUGACCUCAGCCCCUCUGAGGACAAAACCCCUCAUCCCCCUGAUAGUGAGGCGUCAACCCUUAAAGAGCCCACAAAACCAGAGACACGGAAUCUGAGUUCCAGCAUAAACUCACAAAACAGUUUUUAUUCUGAGCACCUGGCUCGAAGCAACAAGAGGCCUGAACCUACCAGCACAACCCCUGAGAUGAGUCCCAACGCACAUUUUGCUCCUGUCACCUUUCCUCAGAGAAGCAACGAGAGGCCUGAACCUACCAGCACAACCCCUGAGAUGAGUCCCAACGCACAUUUUGCUCCUGUUACCUUUCCUCGGAGAAGCAACGAGAGAAUUGAAUCUCACAGCAACAGAAGCCCUAACCAUGUUAGCCCUUGGAUGAGAUCUGAGCCCCCUACUACUAAUUGUCCUCAGAGAAACAGCGACAGAACUGAGUCUCCUGCCAGAAACCCAAACUCUUGGAGAACUGACCCGGUCAAACCAGAGAUGAGGUCUGAACUGGUGUUCCCGUUUGAGAGUAAAAAACCCACAGAGAAGAAUGCCAAUAUGGGGGGUAAGCAGACACAUGACAGUAAAUGGAGGGAUGAGAGGGAUGACAGUAAAUGGAGGGAUGAGAGGGAUUACAGACAGGCAGGUGACUCAGCAGAUGCCCAGAACACCAGCGUUCUCACUGCCACCCGAGCCAGCAGCACGCAGGCAGGAAUGACAAACACAAAGCUGGAAUACCCCUCUGACUCUUUAAACCAUAAACAUCCGAGCGUCAAGAGCACCUACAUGUCCAAAACACCAGAGAUCACUCUGAAACCCAGCCCUGUUACAGAGAUAAAGAAAACCUCUUCUCUCAACAUCUCACUGUUGCCCGAGAUAGAAACUAAACCUGAGGGUAACCACGAGACUGCCUCCCCUGGGAAGACUUGUCAGAGAGAAACAACAGAAGAAGACAGGACAGUGGAGACUUCACAUACAGAAACCAGAGAUGAAGACAGGAGAAUAGGGACUUCACAUAGAGAAACAAGAGAAGAAGAGAAGGGGGUGAAUACCUUGAACAAGAUGAAUGAACAGACAGUGAAUAUGGAUGCCAAUAGGAACAGUAAAGCCAAAGCUCCCAUGCACAAAGUGAGAGAUGUGAGAAGGCUGGUGAAAAACACAUACAACCUGUCGUUCAAGGCCAUGCCAGCACCAGAGAAGGAGGAGAGGAGUCCAGCUCCAGCAUUCCCAGCCCCAGCUCCAACCCUGGCCUCCUCACCCUCACUUGGUCCCAAAGCUUCGCCAGCCCCAGCUUCUCCUCCAGCACCAGCUUCAUCCCCAGUUCUAGGCACUCCACCUUCCACUGUCCCCAUCAAGACCCCUACCCCCAGCCACUCUGUGUCCAUACUGGUCAAGGAGAAGGGCUACCAGGCAGAUAUUGGGUCUUUGGUCUCUGAGGCUGUGUCAGAGGCCAUAACAAGGAGUGGGCGUGAAGGUGGGGGUGGAGGUGGGGGUGGAGGUGGGCGUGAAGGCUUCGAAGAGACUCUGCUCAAAAGGAAGACAGUGUUAGGACCCCUUCGAAUCAGGAGAGGGUUAGUGUCAGAGCCACGGUCAGAGACAUAG